AUGACUCAAAACCAUGAGGAGCAGCAGAAUCAUCAGGAGCAUCAUCAGAUGAUGGAAAACACUGCAGAGACAAACCUUACUUCCUCCAUAACGAAUGAUGAAGAUUAUAUUAUUGUUGAUAUUUGUGAUUCAUGUGCUGCUGCUGGAAAACAAGAUUGUUCGAUUUCAAUGCCUCAAUCAGCAAUAUCAAUUUCAGAGAGGAUAAAUGUUAAGGAAAAACAAAAGCAUAAACAAUAUCAGAAAAAGGAAAAUGUUCAAAAGCAAGAGACGGUUGUGAAACAGCCAGAGAUUGUGUUAUUUAAUACUCCAAAACAAGUAUUGGAAAAAUUUAAAACUGAUGGGGUACGGAAAUCCAAGUUGACCUUUGAUCAAAUGACAAUCCUAUCCUUGUUUGCAGGAAUAUUUAUUGGACUGGCUAGUGCUUUGGGAUUGGUUGUGGGUGGGAAUGUACCAAGCAUUGAGAAAGAAAAUCCUGGAUUGCAGAAAUUGUUAACUGGAAUGUAG